UAGAGCGAACUAAACAACAUCCAGAAACAUACCUGCUAUUUGGUCAAAGUAGUACAAUUCAUCAAUUUAUUURCGACUUUCGAGUCCUCUUCUGUUGUUUUACUUGYUGUUKAUACAGAUKAUGUUUAAAUCGGACAGAAAAUACUUCUGAAAGAGCAGAGCAUAUCCAUAAUUCGAGACAGACAGAUAAAUUCGUUAAAUACAGCUCCAACCUGUUACCUUUGUGACCGAUGCCAGACGAGCCGCCCAGCCCCGCUAGAGGGAAUACAGGUAUUGGUUGAGCACAUAGCAGUAGGCGGUGCCCGCUUUGAAUAUUGGUGAGUCUGUCUGUCAAUCUGUGAUUGACUCAGGGGAGAAGUCUUUCAGUGGUCUACAUAAAUAGAAAUACAAAACUUUGUGAAUGAAAAUGCCUAGUGCUGUGUUUGUCAUAAUAAUAAAAAAAUAACUGCUAAGAAAGAGGUAAGCUAAUGCAGAAACAAACGAAACGCAUCACAACUUGUGGCAUGAAUCAGUUUGCGCUCCUCAAAUUCCAACCGUCCCAUACCAAACCGACCAGUGUCUAGGCCGGGGAAAGGGUAACCGUUCCACUUGAUCUACCAGAUCCCCUGCAGAGGGCGCCUUUAGCACACAUUAUGACAGAUUAUUGGCAAUUAGAACAGAGGCCUAGGGGACAGUUUGUUCUACUAAUUUGAAUCAACCCCUGAAAUGGCCACGAGAGUAUUCGACUCUUUUCCCCAUAGAAAAUUCUCAACACAAAUUACAUAUUUUCUUAUUUUGAAAAAAUACUUGUUCUCACUCAUUGUGGUGCCAAAACCUGUGAAUUCAAGCAGUGUUCAUAUUUUUGGAUGACAUUUUUAAUUGCAGCCUAUUGUGUUGCACACACCAAUUUCAAACAAUGUAGGUUAAUAUUGACUAUGUUGAUGAAUAAAUAUUGGCUAUGCGUUGCCAAAGCUACCCUGUCUCCCCCCUGUUAGUGAAUAAUAACCUACUAUAGGCGUUCUUUGACCAUUGUGUUGUAGGCUAGUCCACCACCACACCCACUUCCCAACUCCACCAAACUCUUUCCCUCACACACGCACUUCUCUCUCCAGCACUCAGCUUUGACAGCCCGCUCCAUACAUCAGUCGSUCCGGGAAUGGGAUCAUCAUUAGUGAGUGCGAAGAAAAACUUCCAGUUCUUCCGAUUCUACGCUCUCCAAAGACUACUCUUCAAACUGCGGGGAUAGCUUCGAGAUGAAGCGAUAGCGACUGUUAGAAAUAUAUAUUACAGCGUUUCAAGUUGAUGAAAGGAGAGGUAACUUUACGCACUGUGGGACGACAAAGAGAAGGGGGUCAAGCGACAAAUGGGGUGAAGUUUGGAGUUUAAAUUAUGUGAAAACAUUUACUACUGAAUUUAUGGGGUAGAAAUCAUUAUGAAUAAUUUGUUGAAAUAAAUUAACAUCACAAAAGGGGUCAUUCGGAUAACAUAUCAGGCGCGCGGCGCGUAAACGUAGGCCUAUGUGGUCGUGGAUGAAUGUGCUUGGAAAGUUUUAUGUAGGCUAACCAACUAUUCUCUGUGUCUCGYUUGCGGAUGAUUUAUAAACAUUAAGACUAAGUAGGCCUAAGUGAGUGUUAUAUUAGGAUAAGUUUGGAGCCAAAGCUAGAAACCAAAAAACUGCCACUGAUCGUAACCAGCKAUGGCAAAGUGGUUUAGUUCCGCCAUCAAUCUGAAGAACGGYACCGAACGGGUCCGCUCRGCCUCGGAGUCCGGCKCUCAACCKCGAACCAGACACGGGUUAACACCGGGGWCCAGUCUGAAGGGGAACCGGGUCAAGGAAAGUGCUGGAGGGAUGGGCUCUAUACUGACCGGAAGAAACCGGAAAAACUCGGCCAUCGAACUGGGUCGGAACGGCUCGGGUACUGGCGGGAUCUGGGACAGUCUCAUCRCUGGGAAGAGUAGGAAGAAUUCCAAGCUCGAGGUGGGGGCAUCUGAGGAGCAUCGGCCCACCAGGACAUCCAGUUUGGCGCAUGCGUGCAUCAGCAGGAUGAUCAAGGUGGACAAACAGGACAAGGGUCCCAAACAUAGCGGUACAGGUGAACAGGUGGGAUCCGAAAACGAGAGGGGGAAGGUGGACAUCAAAACAACGAUGCUGAUUAUUCUGGAGGACUAUGCUGCACCGUUUGAGCAGAGAAACGAGGGAGAGAGGGAGGCGGAGAGGGAGGGAGAGAAUGAUGGAUACAUGGCCCUAUGA